UUUUCGAAGAGAGCAUCCGAGCCCAUGUUGCUGUGUCAAAUACCUCACUCUCAGUCUAGUCGUAGUGCGAUGUAGUUUGUGAAGUUUUAUCUUGUGAAUAUUGUGCGUUUUUAUCUGGUGACGAGUGUGAAGACUGAAGAGCAGCGUACUUCAUCAUCUGUGAUAUCACCCUGUACCCUAACAUGGGUUUAUUGGACCUGUAUGUGAGCCAUUUGGAGAAGGAGGGUUGCUUUCUGAAAGUAUGGGGCCAGAGAGAUAGGCAGUCUGUGGAAGGCAUUGAACGCCUCUUGCUGCACCACAUGGAAGAGUUCGAGAAAGGCAUGCACAUGCCAGAUCCCGCUAUUCUCAAGCCCGAUUUACUAUGUGUGUGCCGCUACAAAGACGGCUCCUACUACAGAGCUAAGCUGCUGGACGUUCACCUUUCGUCCGGCUUGGUGACGUGCCAUUAUUUGGACUACGGGGAUCGCCACACUGUCCCUUUCUCAUCCUUGAGGGUUUUGAACAACCGGCACCAACUCUAUCGAUUUCCUGCCCAAGCCUGCAGCUACAUAUUGUCAGAUGUAAUUGGGAACUGGACCUCAGAACUCCUCAACCGAUUCUCUGACCAGAUUCUGUAUGAAGUAGUGAAAGGUUUAGUCGUGAAGAGCUUCGGGCAACACAGCGAGAUACAAUUGUUGAAGAUCUUUCUCAACAAUUCUGAUUUUGUUGAGAAGUUGCAUGAAAUGCAAGUCGCAUGUCCCAUUCCUCAGGAUCGUUUUGAGGUUAUGAUAUGGAGCCAUUUUGUGACUGCAUCUUCACCUCUGCAGGCUUUUAAUUACCCCCACCUGAAUACUGUUAACCAACAGUGGCCUCAAAUGUUUCCCCCAAACCUGCAAUCAAAUGUGGUUGCUGCCCCGGUUGUCGUACCACCUGGACCUUGCUUAUCAACGUCCAACAAGUUUGCGUCAGUUGUGCCCAGUGCUCCUGCUCCUGCCGUAGCCCUGACAGGGCAAGCUGGUGUAUGCCCAGCUACCCGUUUGCCUGUUGAUUUGACGAAGAAGGCUGCCAAGGAACCUGCCUCAAGAUUUUGCACAAUUCAAUUGCAGAAUGACAGUGAGCACAAGGUGUUUGUCUCGCAUGUUGAUAAGGGGACAUUUACAUUUUAUGUCCAGCUCGCUGUUAAAAGUGAUGAACUUGAAAAAUUGGUAACAGCAUUGAACAACCCUUCUGUGGUGCUAGGCAAUUUGCAGCAACCCUAUAUUCCUGGCACCAUGUGUUUGGCAAAGUACAGUGAAGAUGACACAAUAUACAGAUCAAUCAUCACUUCAAUUGGAGAUGACUCUUGUAAUGUUUAUUUUAUAGACUAUGGCAAUUGUGAUUCUGUCAAAUGCCAUGACCUGUUUGAAAUUCCUCCGGAAUUCACUCAUUUAAAAGCUAUGGCUAUACCAUUUGUUUUAUCUGGAUUAUAUAACUCAAAUGCCACUGAUGAAAUGCUUUCUGCAUUCUAUGACAAAGUUUUGGAGGAGGAGUGUGUGCUGAAGGUGAUUCCACCUAAAUGCGAUUCACUGAUGGCCAAACAACUUGGCGAAUUAUUCAUUGAUGAUACAAACGUGAAGGAGCUUAUAAAUUUAGAGAUUUUGAAGAAGAAAUCCCACAAGAUAACCAACUUCAAAAAUGCCGCUUUCCCUGAGCCUGGGUCCAAGCUUAAGGUUGUUGUUUCGUACAUCAAGUCUGUGGAGUGCUUCUAUGUUCAGCUCUCUUCACGCUCCAAAGAGUUGGAAAAUGUCAUGUCGUGGGUUGCUGAGCAUUGCAAGGGUUCUGCCAGAUUAGACUAUGAGGCCCAACCAGGUACAGCAUGCUGUGCACUCUACACAGGAGAUGACACAUGGUACAGAGCCAUGGUGAUGGCAACUGAUCCUCUGAAAGUUCUUUUUGUGGACUAUGGUAAUGAGGAGGAAAUUGAUCUGGACCAUUUAAAACCUGCCUCUGAUGAGCUUGUUAACGCCUUGGUUACCCAAGCCAUACCAUGCCGGCUCCAUGGGUUUAAGCUGCCGUGUGAUGAAGCCCUGACAACUAAGUUUGAAGAUCUGGCCUUGGAGAACACGUAUACUAUGAAUGUUGUUGAGCUCGACAAGAGUGUUCCUUGCGUUGUUGUAAGGCUUAUUAAUGAUGAUGGAGCAGAUAUCUCUGAUUUGUUAAAACCCAAUGUGGCUCCCAUAGCCAAUGGAUCAAUUCAAGACUCUGCAAGUGAACAUCUAAAGCAAGUUAAUGGACCAAUUCAAAAUACUGACAGAGAUCGACAGGAGGAAAGGAGACAGCCUGUAAAUGGUCAAAGCAACAACCACAGCAGUAGAGAAUACCAAGAGAAGAAUGUGCACUCAGGGAAUGGAUCCAAACCGAACUUCAGAGAGACUCAACCAUUUUAUAAGUCAGACCCAGAAGCUUGGGGUCUUAACAAAGGGAGCAAAAGCCAUUAUGGGCAUUGUGAUCGUGUCAAUGAUUCUCGUAAUGAAGAAAAUCGUAGCUCACGAAAUUCCUAUGAUAGUAACACCAACAUGCGCAGGGAUCCCUCCCUCCAUCAAUCCAAUGAAUCUAUUAGUGCAACCCCUGAGACAUCCAUUGUUAAAUCGAUCCCGAAACCACCUGCUCUAGCUGUGGGAAUUGAACACACUGUGGAAAUAAGCUGGUUUGAAACACCAGCCAGAUUUUAUGUUCAGAAACGAUCUCAAGAAUUCAACACUAUGAUGAAGAAGAUGCAGUCUGUAUACAAAAACCAACAACCGGUUUUAAAGCCAGCUAUUGGGCAGGCUGUUGUGGCUUUAUAUAGUGAUGGAAUCUUGUACAGGGGUGAAGUCAAAAUUGAAAAAGGAGGGAAGUUUGGCAUUCAAUAUGUUGACUAUGGAAAUAAGUCAUUGGUUGAUCCUUCUCAUGUGUAUGGUUUACAAAGCCAAUUUGCCUGCUUGCCUGCACAGGCUAUUUUGUGCGAACUCAGUGACGUGUUGCCCUUGAAUGGACAAUGGGCGAAAGAUCCUGAAUUAAAGAAGUUGUUCCAGGGACAGUUUACUUGCUUUGUUUUGAAGGCUGCUGAAGUGAGCACUGUUCAAUUGUUGAAAGAUAAAGACCAAGACAUGGCAGGCCAGCUGCAGCAAAUGGGUCUGGCUGUGGGACCAGCUGUCGCUAUGACUGAAGUACCUCCAGUGGAUGUGGUGACUGAGGAUACUCUUCCUCUGGCACCUCCUGAAGUCCCUGGUGUGGACGCUCAAAUGUUGAUUGGACAAAUUGUGCAAGCCAUUCUUCUCUCUGUCGAUCAGAAUUCUAUACUUGUUUCAUUUGAACCGAAAGCUUUGGCAGAGAUGAAGGAUGAUGUGGCAAAUUGCAUUAAAGAAGGACUUGUCAAGCUCCCUUCUCAUCAAGUCUCACCAGGAACACGCUGCCUUGUAAUGGAUAACUCCUCAGUGUACAAGAGGGCUGUCAUCACAGAUAGCAAAUCUACUGCUGGGGUAGCAGUUACAUUUUUGGAUUAUGGUGGCACUGAUGAAAUUUCAUCCAGCAAUGUAUUUACCUUACCUGAGAAAAUUCAAGGCACCCCUGCCCUUGGACAUGAGUGUGUUAUUAGGAAUACCAAGUACAUAAGCGAUUUACAACCAUUCUCAGGACAGAAAGUCACUUUGUUUGUGGAGAAGUAUGAGAAUAAAAGGUUUACUGGUCAGGUUUUGGAUGAGUGUGGUCGUCCCUUCUCCUUUGCUCCGGCUAGAGAACUGCCCAGUCUUACUACAAUUCUCCCCAUGGCUAUCCUUAAACAAAAAAUUGUGGUAGAUGUUGUCCAUGCAUCUGGUAACACUGUGUGGUUGCAACAGAAGAAGGACGUUGAAUGUAUAUCAGAACUUCUUGAAAAUUUGUAUGAAUCUUGUGAGGAAGUAGGUGAUAGUCUUCAAACCUUAACUUGUGGUGCAGUGUGCGCUGCCAAGUCUGAGGAUGGUAAUUGGUAUCGAGCUGUUAUUGUAGAGACCAAUGCUGCACCUGACCAUGUUAAAGUUCAAUACGUAGAUUAUGGAAAUUCUGAAGAUAUUCCCAUUAACAACUUGAAAGUUCUUCAUGGCUUCUUCAACAUUCCUGCCCUUGCCAUCCAAGCAGAACUGCCUGUUACAACUGAAGAUUUGACACUGGGCCAAACUAUAUUGGAAAUGACAGAAGACAAGUCAUUCAUUGCCUAUUUUGUGAAGAGAGGAACUCAGUGGCUGGUUGAAUUGCUUGAUGGGAAAGAAGUGUUUAGUUUGAAACUUGUACUUACUGGAAGAGCUCUUUCUAUGGUAAAUAAUCCAUUCCCAGCUUUGAUGAGCAAACCCAAAGCUUCUCUAGGUCUUGAUCAGACUGUCAGUGUUCAGCUCAGCUUUGCUAAAUCCAUGUGUGAAUUUUAUGUUCAUUUGACAAGUCAAGUGGAUCAACUUGAGCAGAUGCAGAAAGAUCUGAAUGCUAUGUCCUUCUGCAUGAAGAAGUAUGAAGCAUUUCCCAAUGCUGGAAGCCGGGUCAUGGCUUUGUACGAAGAGGAUCAAGAAUGGUAUAGAGGUGAAAUCUUGCCUGACAAUACAGUUUAUUUCAUUGAUUAUGGUAAUGCUGAUAAGGUUGACUUGGACUGUUUGAGAGUUUUACCUCCGGCCAUGGAAGAAGUAGAAAGUCUGGCAGUUAAGUGUUCUCUACAGGCUCCAAAAGGAAAGCGGUGGUCAGACAGUGCAUUUGACUCCUUCAUUGAACACCUUGAAAGUGGACCGUUCACCAUUACUGUUGUGUCUAUUCAUGGUAGCACACAUUCAGUGAAUGUAACGAGUUCUACUGGAGUAUCAGUUGCAGACGUGCUUGCCCAAAGCAGUUUUCUUGAAGAAUCUCAAUCUGAUGAGUUGGAGGUAUCUUGCACAGAACUGCAUUACGACAGGCAAUCUUUGAAUGAAACUAAGUAUGAGGGAAAGAUCGUUUACAGCAAUUCUCCUUCUGAUUUCUAUGCACACUUAAAUAGAGAUUCUGAAAUAGUUGACAAAAUUGCUGUUGACUUGGAGAGAGCUGAGGAAUUCCCUGACCUGAAUGAUUUUAGACGGGGGAAGAUAUGUGCUGCUUUGUUCUCUGAAGAUGACUUGUGGUACAGAGCCCAAAUUCUGGACAAUGAGGCAGGUGAUGUUAAAGUCAGAUUUAUUGACUAUGGCAAUACAUCACAGACUUCUCGCAUCAAGGACCUUCCGCAGAACCUACGUGAGAUACCACCUCUAGCACUUCACUGCUCUUUGCCAGGGCCAAAAGGAUUGUCAUGGUCUGAAUCAUCAAUUAGUUUAUUCAAUGAUAUGAUUGAUGAAGAGGACUUUGUAAUAGAAAUUUUGAGGAAAGAAGAGCCUUUUACGGUUGAUUUGUGGCAAUCUGGGGAAAAUGUGGCCAGCAAACUGCUCUCUACAUCUGGGACUCAGGCCUCUGGCCUGGACACCUUUGUGAAUGACAUGAAAGCUUCAUUGCCACAAGAAAGCUUUUCUAGUAAUGUUCCUGAGGAGCGGCAUUUGAUUACUAGUCUCGAGCCACAUCAAUCAGAAUUCGUCAGUCACCCUGGUACUGAAGAAAGUAACUUUCAAAUUGUGGGAAAUCCUGGAACUGAACAGUCACCUGGCCCAACUUCAGCGGGGUCAGACAUCAGUUCCCACUAUAGUGGACAGAAUAAUCUUGAAUUUAUUGAAAACGAAGACAAUAUUUUGAAAUUUGACAUUCCUGUUGAUUCUACAUCUGCUACUAUAGGCCAGAAUUUGUCACAGAGGGAGGAUGAUUCUCUCAUGGUGAUAUCUGAAUCUGAAGGAAAUAUACCUGUCAUCACUCUUGAUGACACAGUUGAAGACAGUGGACCUGAUGUUCCAUUAGAUAUCAUUUCUGUUGACACGGAGAAAACAGCAGAGGAAAAGGAUGAUUCUGUAAUUGACAUCACCCCCUCAGCUGAGACUAUACCUGUCAUUACGCUCGAUGAUUCAAUUGAAAUUAGUAGUCCAGGUUUUAUCCUCAAUGAAGCAAUAAAUGAAGAAAGAGUGAGAGAAUUGGUAAUUACUCAAGAUUAUGUUAAUGAUAUCCAUGUUGACACUCAUGAUCAAUCAAGCUGUGUUGCUGAUAAUGUUAGCCAAUCUGAUGAUCAGAAUGUCUGUUUAGCCUUACUUGGUCCUGAAAUUCGUAUCCCAGAUUCAAGUACUGUAGAUGUUGAAAUUAAUGCUGAAGAUUCUCUGCACACUGGACCUGUUGAAAAUGAGACCUAUGAAGGUUCAGUUUCUACUGUGUCAAUAAAUACAGAAAAUGUUCCUGUAACAUGCAGUGCAAAUGAAAAUCUCAUUGAUUAUUCUAGUGAAACACAAGAAAGCUGCUUUCAUGCCAAUCAUGAAGAAUCUCCGUCAAUAUCAUCAAGUACUGUAGAACCUGAGGUAUCUGAAGAAACUUGUUCAGAGUCACGUUCACAUGAUACGGUAGAACAUAAUGUUGAAAUUAUUUCACCAUGUGCGGAAGAGAAGUUUGACACAGUAUCUGAAACUGAAACAAGUGUUCCUGUCAAAUGUGGAAUUGAAGAGUUAGUCAAUGUAUCUCUCAAAAACAACGAAAAUUUUGUCCCCGAAGAGAAAAAUUGUACUUUGGGGGCUGAAGUUAAUUCAGAACUUUCUUCCCAUUUCAAUGACUCAAAAGAUGGUAAAACAAGUGAAAUUGUGGUUUCUGAAAAGAAGAAUGUUGCUGUAAUAUCUAUCCAUCAGCAUUUUGAGGAUCUAAGCCAUGAUCAGAGAAGUCAAGUUCAAGCUGGUGCAUAUGACAGGUCGGAGCUGAAAUAUUUUACGUGUGACAAAGAAAAUUCUUCUGAAGUAGAGUUACAAGAUAUUUGUGUGGAGUCAUCUGUAUCUGACACAGAAAAAGGAAUAUCUGAAUCAAUAUCAGAAAGAGAUGGGGGAGACAUUUUUGAAAAAGCUGUAGAGACUUUUAUUUCUGCUUUACCAGUCAUUAGUGAAUUAGAGGAAUCAGUAGAAAAUCGAGACAGCUGUACCUUAAAACAGAAUACACAAGCUAAGAUAGAUGAAGCUAAUUGUGUACACCAUAAAAUAAACAUGAGAACUGGAGAUGAGGAAUCCAUAGUGGUUGUAUCUCUUUCAACCGCAGAUACCAAAUCUUGCGAAUUAGAUGUCAGUGUCAACGAAAAUCCUGAAGUGUCUCUUGCAUCAGAAGAAAUUUGUGCCGAGUCAUCUGUAUCUGAAACAGAAAAAGGAAUAUCUGAAUUGAUUUCAGAAACUAUGGAAGAAGACUGCCUUGAAAAAGCUGGAGAUACUAUUCCUGCUCUGCCAGUCAUAAGUGAAUUAGAGGAAUCAGUGGAAAAUAGAGAUAGCUGUGCCUUAAUACUGGAUACACAAGCUUUGAUGGAUAGUUUACAUGAUAAAAUAAAUAUGAGAACUGAAGAUGAGGAACCCAAGGUGGUUGUGUCUCUCUUAACCUACCCAGAUUGGAAAUCUUGCGAAUUAGAUGUCAAUGGCAUCUCCCAUGGACAAUGCUUAGCUAGCGCCCAAGAUUUUAUGUCUGAGACUAGGCAUGGUAUACCAGGUACUAAAACUUUUAUAUUUGAUGACUGCGAACGUCACCAAUUAACUGUUGAAAUUAUGACUUCAAAUGUGGACAAUUUUGGAAGAACAUCUCAAUGACAGAUGUAUUUUCAUCUUGAUGAUUGUAGUUCAUUUAAGAGUACUGCUUCAAAUGUGUGUAGUUCAAAAAUCAUAAAAUAAUAAUGUUACAAUAUUUGAUAGACUUAAAGAAUUUUUAUUAUUAAUGAAGAACCUUGCUAGAUGAUUACUUUCCAAGUUAGGAAAACACUCUUUACUGUGUGUAAGUAAUUUGUGGUUCUUGAUCUCCUAGUUGAAAUAAAAAAACAGGUUGUAAAUAAAUAAAA